ACUGCUCCUUCCUUCAGGUGACCCUCUCCAGGACCGGCCACCAAGCAUCCCCCUGCCCAGCCCCCACAUCACCUUCCACCUGUGGACCGAUAAGGAGCAGCUCUGGAAGGAACUGGUGCUCUUCCUUCGCCCUCAAUCCUACCUCCGCCUCAGCGCUGACCUGGAGGCCUUGGAUCUGCAGGGCCUCCCGCCAGACCACGAGUUGGCCCGGGUGUCCAUGCUGUCCACUGACAGUGGCAUCGAGCGGGACCUUCCUUUGGGGGCUGACGAGCCACCUGCACCCAGCAGCCCUGAGAUGGAGCGAGCCGGGCUGCAGCGCAAAGGAGGCAUUAAGAAGCGGGCGUGGCUCCCAGACCUCUUGCUGCCUGACAGCUGGCAUGGACCCCCAGGGCUGCACCGGAGGACGGGCGGGCUCAGUGGGGACGGGGAGCUGCUGCCUGGGGUCUCCCGGGUGCACACAGCCCGGGUGCUGGUGCUGGGGGAUGACAGGAUGCUGGGGCGCCUGGCCCAGGCGUACCACACCCUCAGGAAACGAGAGACCCAGACGUUCUACCUCACUCCCAGACUCAGCCUGCAGUUCUACUACAUCCCCAUCCUGGCCCCUGAGGUGACUGGACGGGAGCCCACAGCAUCCAGGCAGCCAGAGCUCGGAGAACUGGCUACAUUCCUGGGCCGCGUGGACAGGUGGUACCAGAACACCGUCAACACUCUGUGCCCGGCCAUCCACAAGCUGGCUGAGAUGCCUCCCUCCUUGGAUACAUCCCGGACUGUGGACCCUUUCAUCCUAGAUGUCAUUACCUACUAUGUUCGCAUGGGCACCCAACCCAUCUAUUUCCAGAUCUUCACAGUCAAGAUCUUCUUCAGCGAGCUGAGCCAGGACCCUGCCGAGGACGUUUUCCUCACCGAGCUCAAGGUGAAGAUCCAAGACUCCAAAUUCCCCAAAGAUGGUUUUUCACCCAAGAAGAGAGGCGUGGCUGAGGGCCAAGGGGCUGAGCUCUUCAUUUGCUACGAAAAGGCCCUGCUCAGCCACCGGGCACGAGAGGUCACUGCUUCCCUGCGGGCCACUGGGCUGGUCCUGAAGGCCAUUCCAGCCAAUGACACUGAAGGGCCCACCUACUUCCCGCAUGCUGCUGCUCCUGCUACAGACCACACGUGCCUGAAUGUCAGUGUGACAGAGGUUGUCAAAUCCUCCAACUUAGCAGGAAGGUCCUUCUCGACAGUGACAAACACCUUCCGGACGGCCAAUAUCCAGAUCCAGAGCCAAGACCAAAGGCUGCUGACACUGUCGCUGGACAAGGACAAUCAGCGCACCUUUAAGGAUGUGGUCAGAUUCGAGGUUGCUCCCUGCCCAGAGCCGUGUUCCAGGGUGCAGAAGUCCAAGGCGCCGUGGCUCAGUUUAUACCAGCAGAAGGAGAUGGAAAUGACCAAAGCCAAGCCCAAGCCCCUCCUGAUGCCCAUCAACACGUUCUCUGGCAUCGUCCAGUGAGCCACAGGGGCAGGGAUGGAUUACCCAAUAAGCAAGGUAUGCACGGGCUUAAGCACAAGUAGGCCCCUGCAUACUUUGCUUACUGGUUAAUCUGCCCCUGCACAGGGGCAGUGGAGGAGCAGAGGCUGAGAGCAGAGAGCCCAAGAGGAAGGACACACUACCCACUCACCAACAGCCAGGACGAGGUCCAGCUCCCCUGGGCAGCUGCUGCCCUGACCAGGAGAGCCUGGAGCACAGGGACCUGGCCAUGGGGUCUGACUAGGAGAGCCUGGAGCACAGGGACCUGGCCACGGGGUCUGACUAGGAGAGCCUGGGGCACAGGGACCUGGCCAUGGGGUCUGACCAGGAAAGCCUGACGCACAGGGACCUGGCCACGGGGUCUGACUAGGAGAGCCUGGAGCACAGGGACCUGGCCACGGGGUCUGACUAGAAGAGCCUGGAGCACAGGGGCCCGGCCGUGGGAUCUGACCAGGAGAGCCUGGAGGACAGGAGCCUGGCCACAGGGUCUGUGGUGGGAAAGGCCCAUACAGGCCCGAGGCGAAGCUGCAGCUGCAUGAGUGAACCCACACAAAGCCCAACUUCUAGCACAAAUGUCCACGCCUUCAUUUAUUUUAAAAUCCCCCUUCUCCCACUCACACUCCCCACCCAUCCCUUAAACCAAGGUUAGAGCUGCUGUUUGGUCAUGGCUCUGUGACCCAGGAGAAAAUGGGAAGUAGGUAAAGGCCACUGCACCCUCCCCCUCCCAAGUCUGUUCCCUUCUCUCUCCUGGGUCACUGCCCACCCCACUCACUCCCAGUUGUGAGGGAAAUGUCAGAUUCAAUAAAUGCACACUAAAGUGUUACUGUUUCAUCUAAUACCCAGCAAUAUUGGUAUCUGAAUAGAAACCAUGGGAGUGGGUCUUAAUAUAACUUAAUGAACCCACUUAGGACAGUUAAGAGAGUUUUGUGAAUUAUUAACUAGUGUGUUCUGUCUGCCUGCUCCCUCUUCUCCUCAGUCAUGUCAACCCAGGGACUAGCUCUCCUGACCAAAAUCGGCCCAAAGUGGAGGUAGGGAUGCGGGAUGGUUUCAGAGGAGUCAGAGAUUAAAGAUAUCAAAAUGUUUGGCUUUUGAUUAAAAAUUUUCUAUUAAGGUGUAAAGUAAGAAAAAGAAAUGACAAAGAACCAGUGGCCCUACCCCCAAGACUUGGUAAGGGGUCAAGGAAAAAGUCACAUAGAAACUAUAUAAAGGCUUGGACUUAAUUAAGUCCAUCCCUAUUCCUGGUGGCAUCCCAGAGGACAGUGGGGUGGUGGUGGAAAAAUCCCUUUUAAGUUCGACAAUCCAAGAGUAGAGGGGUGGGCACUCUUGGCCUUUUUGGGCCAGAUGUGGACACAAGCCCCAGAGUACAUUCUCCAUGGCUGGGAGAACAGUGAAGGGGGGCUGCCAGGGCUGCCUCGGCAGGUGGGCCCUCGGGCAGCCUUAGAGAAGCUCCCUGUGCCUCAUGGAGCAUGGGAAGCAGAUAAGGGGGUUCUCAGGUAGCUGAAAGCAGACAAGUCCAAGGGGUCUCGCAGUUAUGACAAAGCGGUGCAGCUGGGGACCAUGUGGGCAGCAGUGUGGACCAUGGAACCGAAGGCCAGAUGGGGAACGUGAGCACCCAAUGGAUACCAGCCUGAAGAAGUGCCUGCCCCUCAGUGGACACCAGCCCAGGACAGAGCAAGACCUAACAAUGGAUGGAUGUGAUGUCUUCCCCUGUAGCUGCCCCACUGCAGAACCCAGGGAGGAAAGGGGGUCAGUCCUCUAUGUGACUGAGUGGGCUUUAAACCUGAAUUGACUAAGAAAUUGCUGAAUCUGAGUGAACUUACCUGGAGGUGGCUAGCCUUCUUUGUUUUCUGCCAUUGGGGAUGAUGUGAACUGACUCAUAUCAAUUUGGGCAUUUAUUAGGUUCUUUAGGUAAAGAACAGAGUUUAACAAUUGUUAGAGGUUAGGUGAGGUCUGGGUGAUGCAAAUGGUUUAUGCUCAGUUACUAACCUAAAGGCUGGCAGUUCAAACCUGUCUUAGUUAUCUAGUGCUGCUAUAACAGAAAUA